AUGCCUCCUAAACCUAAGCAAGCAGCGGGUCCAUCACCAUUGGGAGCCCGGCAGGGCUACCUCGGCGGCCUAUUCAGACGGGCAAGCAAGGCGUCGCUGAAGGUUCCUAUAGUGAACAACCUGCCUGACCCCGCCAUAGACGAUGCGAACUCCAUAUUAUCUGCACCCUCGCUACCAGAGAUAAAAGACGAUUCUAAAUUAAUUGAAGAGCUACAAGCCAAGACUGAGACCGUCAAGGGAUUGGAGGAACGCGUGGCAACCCUCACGGCCUCGCUUGAUGGCGCAAAUGCCAGCGCUGAGGAGAAGCAAUCAGCGUUGCAGUCUGUAGAACAAGCCAGAACACGUCUCGAACAAGAACUGUCGGGCGCGCAGGGCACUUUGAGGCAGCUGCAGUUGGAGCGCUCUGAAGACCGAUUACGGAUAGAUAUGCUCACGCAAGAGGUGAUACACCAUACACUUUCGUACGCCGUUCGCGAGCGACUGACAGAUCCGCUCUCACAGCUAGAUGAAAGCAAGAGCUCUCUGAGCGAUGAGCGCGUUGCUCGGCUGAAAGUCGUCGAAGACCUGGAGUCACUUCGCGCCGAGCAUCACAGUCUCCAGUCGGAGUACUCCCGUGCUCGCGCCACCAUCGACCAGACAUCAUCGCAGCUCCAUGAAGCCAUUGCUCGUACGGCUGCCCUCACAAACGAGGUCAUGAUGCUACAAGCCGACGCCGAUACACAAACUGCUCGAGCCUCCGACCUCGAAGCUGAGGUGCGGGCUGUGGCGAAAGAGCGCGACAGCCUCUUACAUCAGCACGACGAAAUGCUCGCGCGCGUCCACAACCUCGAGAACGACUUAUCGAGCGCUACAUCCGCGACACAGAGAGUUGCUGAGGAUUUCCGGGCGACGGAAGCCGAGACGCAUAAAGCCAAUGAGAGUGUCCGUGCGCUCUCCCAGGAACUCGACGCCGCACGCGUAGAGUCUGCCCAUCAGGCGGUCAGGUUGGAGGAGAUGUCGACUGAGUUGGCCAGCGUGAGCGGCAGCCAUGCGCUGCUAAAGGAGGAGGCCCAGGCGUCCGUCCAGGAACACCUCCGCAAGCUUGAAGCAGUCGAGAAAUUGCAUGAAAAAAGGCAUGCUGAGUUGGAGGCUGAGGCAGAACGGAUCACUGGCGAGCUUGAGGCAAGUCAUGGUUUACUUCUGGCCCAAGAGAAGGAAUAUCGCAUGGAGCUGGGGGCGGUCAAAAUUGCGCAUCGCGAAGAAGUCGAGUCCUUGAUGACGAUACAGUCGGAGAUGCAGCUGGAACGCGAUCGGGACGCAGCCACCAUCGAGGAGCUGCAGGCGAAGCUUGGUUCGGCGCUGAAACACAUCGACGCGCUGGACAGACGGACGGCCGAGCAGAGUGCUACGUUGAGGGAGGCCGACGCGGAGCUAGCCAAGUGCCAGGCCGCGUUCGCGUCUGCCUCACACGAGCUGGACGCUCUGAGGGCUCAGGCAGAGCAAGCCCGCCAGCGCGCCCAGGACGUCGAGAACAUGAAAGACGAGAUUGUCGAGUCGCUCUCUGUCGAGCUCGCUCAUGCGCGGGACGCGCACGCAGCCCUCAAGGAGACGUUCCUGGCGACAGAUCAACACGCGAAGGAACUGGAGGGGUCCGUGCGGAGGCAGGAGAAGGAGCUCGAGGGCUUGCGCGAGGCAUACAGGAACGAAGUUUCGGCCAUGGAGACGGAAAUUGCCCACUUGCAAUCGCGCAGAGAUGCUGAGGGCACGCGAGCUCAGGAGCUGCAAGUCGAGCUGGAAAUCGCGCAGGAGCAGCUCACGACAAUGGAAAGGCAGACCACGGAUCAACAUCUUGCGCUGGAAAUUAAGGACAAAGCUCUCGUCGUUACCGCGUCCGAUCUCAAGUCUGUCAAAUCGCAACUCGAGGAUGUCCGCGCACGCAUUGCGUCAAUUGAAAGGACCAAGAAUGCUGAGAUUGCGCGACUCAAGAAGGAGCUAGCGGAGGCGCAAGAGACCCGUGUCGCGCUCUCCAAGACUUUCAACGCGACUAAGGAGAAGCUCGCGCGGAGACACGCCCAGGAGGCCGAAGAGUCUGCCAGAAGUCGCACAGAAGAGAUUGCCAAGCUCAAGGCCGCCCAUCAGGCCGCUCUCGAGGAGCUCGAAAGGAACCACCGGGGCACGCUGCAGGAACAUGCCGCGUCCUCAGCGCAGCAGAUCGAGACGAGGAACGCUGAGUUGGAAACCAUGCGAGUACGGCGACUUGUAUCAACGCGCGUCUUCGAUCGAGAGAACCAAAGACGAGGCCAUCGCGCAGCUCCAGACUUCCCACCACGAGCAGCUCGCGGCGGCAAGACAAGAGAGGUGUGA